UUAUGUAAUGUCAAACAGUUCAUAAUACUAGACGAUAUCAGUAAUAAUUUAUUGCUUCCGAAAUAUUAUUUCUAAUUUAUAAUUAUUAUUCUAAGAUUCUCAUUGUAUACUUUAAAUAAUUUAUUAUUUCAACUAUUAUAAUUCUUAGCAUAUUUAUUUAAUAUGUCUGAUGAUGAGGUUAUACGUUUUGAAAUCACCGACUACGAUUUGGAUAAUGAAUUCAAUCCCAACAGAAGUCGGAGGGCUAAGAAGGAACACCAAAUAUACGGUGUUUGGUCGAAAGAUAGUGAUGACGAGGAAAAUGAAGACAAUAUAAGGCGACGUAUACGUAAACCGAAAGAUUUUUCAGCUCCAAUAGAUUUUGUAACUGGUGGAGUGCAGCAGGCCGGCAAGAAGAAGGAUGAAAAGCAAGACAUACAAAAAUCGGAGUCAUCUACAUCUCGUCCCAAAUUCGCGGAUAGUUCUGAUGAUGAAGUUUUGGAACCGGAGGCGCGGGAGACUGCGGGGAUAAGAAAAGCCGGACAGGGCUUGAGAUCUGGACAAAAUUUGGGUGGAGUUGGUGCUUGGGAGAGACAUACUAAAGGCAUUGGAGCUAAAUUAUUAUUACAGAUGGGGUAUCAACCUGGUAAGGGUUUGGGUAAAGAGCUGCAAGGUAUCUCCGCUCCCGUAGAAGCUACAGUCAGGAAGGGCAGAGGUGCUAUUGGGGCAUAUGGACCUGAAAAGGCUGCGCAAAAAGCUAAAAAGGAAGAACAGAAGCGGCUGAAAGAAAAAGAGGGAGAUAAAAGUACUACAGAAAAGAGUUAUAACUGGAAGAAAUCACAUAAGGGCAGAUACUUCUACCGAGAUGCAGCUGAUGUCAUACAAGAGGGUAAACCCACCAUGCAUACUAUUAGCAGUAACGAGCUGGCCCGCGUGCCGGUUAUAGACCUGACCGGCCGGGAGAAGAAAGUAUUGAGCGGCUACCACGCCCUGCGAGCCGCCGCGCCGCGGUAUGAACACGAACCCCGGAGGGAGUGCACUAACUUCGCAGCACCAGAACUCACUCACAACUUGCAGCUGAUGGUGGAUUGUUGUGAACAGGACAUUAUCCAAAACGCUCGCGAACUCCAACAGUCUGAGGACGAGAUCGUGGUGAUAGAGCGUGAUCUCGAAGACUGUAAGAUAAAGUUAGGUGAAGAAGAUGACGUCAUCAGGACGCUGGAAGGCAUACUGGCGAGGGUGGAGGUACUGAACAGGCCGGACGCCUCGCUCGAGAUGGGCUAUGAGGUGCUGAGGGAUCUCAAGGAAACAUACCCCUUGGAAUAUGAGAUGUUCAGUCUGGGUAAUAUAGGGGGUAACAUAGUGAGUCCCCUAUUCAGUGCUAUGAUGGCCUCGUGGAGUCCCCUGACGGAUCCCGGGGGCGUAGCACCCGUGUUCCUCAAGUGGAGGCCCCUUCUGACGGAAGAGGCCUACAAUAAUCUUCUAUGGCAACAUUUUGGAACUAAAAUCGAAAUGACCGUUGAAGAGUGGAAUCCUCGCAAUCCGGAGCCUAUGGUCCUCGUGUUCAAGUCGUGGGUGUCCGUGUGUCCGUCCUGGCUGGUGAGCUCGUGUGUCACGAGAUACGUCGCCCCCCGCCUGGUGACCGCGGUCCGGGACUGGGAUCCCACGGGAGAUACGCAGCCCUUACACCAGUGGGUGCUGCCCUGGCAUGAGUUCGCUGGGGAAGCUCUCAACGCUUCCGUGUAUCCGUUGAUUCGUUCCCGGCUGUCGUCAGCGCUGGCUGCCUGGCACCCCGCGGACUCGUCGGCCAGGCCGCUGCUGGCGGUUUGGCGAAGUUCGUGGGGCCCCGCGCUCACGACCCUCUUACAUCAUCACAUCGUACCUAAACUGGAGCACUGUUUGCAGAACGCUCCUUUGGAACUCGUAGGAAGGGAGAAUACCGCGUGGCUCUGGUGUGUGGAUUGGGUGGAGUUGAUCGGCGCACCGACAAUAGCCAGCCUGGCGGGUCGAGCUCUGAUGCCGCGCUGGUUGGCGGCAUUGGCCGCUUGGCUGAACACUUCCCCACCGCACGCCACUGUACUAAAUUCUUACACGGAGUUCAAGAAAAUGUUCCCGGAAGACGUCCUCAAAGAGCCGCCCGUGCGUGACGCGUUCCGUAAAGCUUUGGACAUGAUGAACAGGAGUACGGACAUAGAUUCCAUAGAGCCGCCCCCACCGCCGCGCUUCACCAUACCAGAACCGAAAGAAUCUUCCAGGAUAAGCGACGUCCUGGCAACGAUAACGCAACAGAAGAGCUUUUCAGAACUGCUCGAAUCCAGGUGCAUAGAACGCGGUAUCACUUUUGUGCCUAUAGUGGGCAAGAGUAGGGAGGGCAGGCCGUUGUAUAAGAUCGGUGAACUGCAGUGUUACGUCAUCAGGAACGUCAUCAUGUACUCCGAUGAUGGCGGACGGAGCUUCGGGCCCAUCGGCCUCGAUAGGCUCCUGAGUUUGGUUGAGGAUUAAAUUCAUUAAAAGUUGUUCUGGUCUUUCCAA